AUGGAAGGAAAGUGUUGGAUAUCUCUUCGUACGGAAGAAGCCAUUGACCUGGAGCUGACCUUGUUCAGUGGACAAGUGUUUUCAUUCAAGAGGACGGGAGAGAAGGAAUAUACUGGGGUGCUGGGAGAAUGUCUGGUGAGUUUUUUGCAAGAUGGAAGUAGGGUCCUCUACAAGGUGCUCAGCGGAAAAAGGUCUCCAAAGGAAGUUGAGGAGGAUAUUUUUUAUUUCUUUACAUUAGAUAUAAAGCUCAAGCCUCUUCUGGAGAAAUGGAAGGUUGAUUCUGACGGCCUCCUAAACGGCUUAAGGGCUCUCCGAUACGAUCUAAUUCCAACGAUAUUUUCGUUUAUCUGCUCGUCCAACAACAACAUUUCCAGAAUAACAAGGAUGGUCGAGUUUCUUUAUUCAAAGGGAGAGUUUAUCAUGAAGUAUAAGGGGAUUGACUUCCAUCGCUUUCCAAGCCUGGAGGAGUUGGUAAGCAUUGAAGGAGAACUCAAAGCUAAAGGGUUUGGGUACAGAUCUUCAUACAUCUGCAAUGCAGCAACAUAUCUACAAGAGAACUAUUCCAAGCUACAGCAAAGGUCUAGAAUCAGGGAGGCAUUGGUUUCGAUCAAGGGCGUUGGAGAGAAGAUAGCCGAUUGCAUUUUGUUGAUAGGUGUUGGCGAGCUGAGUGCUGUUCCUAUUGACACACAUAUUUUCAAGCAUUCUAAGAAGAUGUUUAGAAUCCAUGGAAAGACAUUGACUCGGAGGGCAUAUGGAGCUGUGCAGGAACUGUAUAAAGAGAAGUUUGGGGAAUAUGCAGGGAUAGCACAGCUCUAUAUAUUUAAGAGGAUGGUCGACCAGGCAAAGAAGAGGCAAAGAGGCAUCGAUAGGUUUGGACAUCUUGGAAUGUUGGAUGAAAAGAAGAAGUAA